UCGAAUUGUCAGCGGAAAUGUCAAAACAUAUCAAAUGCAAUUGACAAAUUACUAAUAACAAAAACAACGCCCAAAAUCCAACAAAUAAGAUAUCUUUAAUGUGUGAAGUGCACAACUCGUGAAAAUGGUAUAUUUGUAAUCUUAUAAAAAAUAAGAAUCUCCGGGAAUCUCAAUUCUUAUAAAAUAUCUUAAAUAUAUUAAAUAUAAGUCAAUAUGCCUGCUAUGGAAGAAAAGGACCCCAACAUCGUCAAGAUUGCUGUCGAAAUGACCGAUCAGGUACCCCAAUUAAUAAAAUUCAAUCAAAAACAACCCCUAGCGGGAAUAAUUCAAGUACUCUGCAAUGGUUGGAACCUUUCAGACCCUGAACAAUAUGCUUUACAAUUCAAUGAAUCCAACAACAAUAAUUAUAUCACAGAAAAGAAUAGAAACGAGAUUAAAAACGGAUCUGUACUAAGAUUACAAUACUCACCCUCAAAAACAGCACAAGACAUUCUACUUAAGCUCAACACAGGGAGCCCUGAAGAAAAAGCACAUGCAAUGAAUAGACUAUCUGUCUUAAGUGCAGAUAUGACAUUUGCUUUGGAUUUUAUAAAUAAGCAGGGUCUUACAUUGAUUAUAAAGCAAAUUGAGAGUGGUAAAUGUAAAGGCACAGUAUUAGCUCACACAUUACUUUCUUUUGUUGAAUUGAUGGAACAUGGUAUCGUUUCAUGGGAUAUUUUAAAUGGAGAUUUUAUCACAAGGGUAGCAGGAUUUGUAAAUAGUCCACAGGAAGCUGAGGUAACUCAGGCUGCACUGUCAAUUUUAGAAAAUGUAGUUCUAAACAGCACUGAAGGAUAUGGCCAAGUAGAGAGAGAAGUCCCAAUAAGCUCACUAGUAUCUCACCUACAAGCCACAUCGGUGGUUCAGCAAAAUGCUAUAGCUCUCAUUAAUGCUCUACUGUCAAGGGCAGAUUUAGCAAAACGUAGAUCCUUGGUAGUAAUGCUGUCAUCAAACAAAGUCAGGACUGUUAUACAAAAUAAUAUUUUACAAACAGGAGCAGCUAAAGGAGCAGAAAUGGCACAUCAGCUGUAUGUUUUACAAACAUUGAUGUUAGGGUUGUUAGAGCAACGCAUGAUGACAAAAAUGGACCCACAAGACCAAGAUGGUCAUGAGAAAAUCAAAGAAUUGCGGCGCAUAGCAUUUGAUGGAGAUGGGUCUAACAUUGGAGGUGUGCCUAGAGGCCCAGGAGGAUUCACUAGGGAUUAUAAAAAACUAGGAUUCAGAAAUGAUAUUAAUCCUGCAUUGGAUUUCACAGAAACACCCCCUGGAUUGCUAGCACUUGAUUGUAUGGCAUACUUUGCAAGAAAUCAUGCAGAUGCUUAUGCUAAAUUGGUUUUAGAGAAUAGUUGUAGAGCAGAUGAGCAUGAAUGUCCUUUUGGAAGAGCUGCUGUUGAGUUGGUGAGGAUUCUUUGUGAGCUACUGAAGAUAGGUGAGGCGCCCUCAGAACAGUGCAUAACAUAUCAACCUCUAUUUUUCACUCAUGAUCACCCAUUUGAAGAAUGUUUCUGCAUCUGCAUCGUUUUGCUCAACAAAACAUGGAAAGAAAUGAGGGCUACAUCAGAAGACUUCCAGAAAGUUGCUAGUGUUGUCAGAGAACAGAUUGCUAGGGCCUUAGAAACCACACCUGCAUCGUUAGAACAAUUAAAAAAUAAGCUGCAAACGUUAACAUACAGUGAAAUCACUCAACUGUGGCAGUUGCAAAGAAAUACUAGAGAGGAAUGGGAAUCUCAUGCUAAACCAGUGGUUGAAUUGAGGGAACAAAUUACGCCUGAUAUUUUGAGCUUGAUCAAACAACAGAGAUUGGCAUUCCUAGUUGAAGGAACAAGAUUCACGAAAUAUUCAGCCCGCGGACAAAGGAUCAAGGACAAAUUCUGGUACAUGCGUCUCUCUCCCAAUCACAAAAUACUCCACUACGGCGACUGCGAUGAAAAAAGCGCGCCAUCUCACGACGAGCUACCGUCAAAGCUGGCUGUUUCUGACAUCAGAGCUCUCUUGGUCGGCAGAGACUGUCCGCACAUGAAAGGGCGUAAGGUAAGUGUGGAAGCAUCCCACCAGCUAGCCUUCUCGUUAGCGUUAGAAGGCGUAGACCUACAAUCCCUCGACUGCGUAGCCCCAGACGAGUUAGCAUGGGCUUAUUGGACAGACGGUAUCAACUCGCUUUUGGGGCAACGGAUGCAAAGCAAAGAGACUGAAAAGGACCUCGAUACUUUGCUCAGCAUGGAAAUUAAGUUGAGGUUAUUGGACGCAGAGGGUGUGACCAUUCCUCAAGAUCCUCCACCGAUACCGCCCGAUCCGCCACAUUAUCAUUUUUGCUAUGAUCUGAAGUGAGGCUGGGAUUAUCGCUAUAUAUCCUCCACAAUGCUUCAACACUUCAAAACUGGUUAACCAUUAGCAGCUGAUCAUUAAAUGAAAUUCAAAAUACUCCAUAUUAUUAAGUGACAGUGAGGCUUACCUUGUACGGCUUCGUACUUUCAAGUGGCGCCGACGUUUGCAUGUGCAUUGUUUUGCAUAAAAUAAUUAUGGAAGUUUUGGCAUCCAAUCAGUACGGACCAAUCGAAAUGGCUGCUAUCAUGACUUCAUUUGAAGUCAGCCUAGAAUUGAAUAAAUCGUAUACAAUAUUUGGUGAAAAAAGUUCCGAUAUGCUGAAUUUCAAAAGAUACACUAAUGCCGACAAUACAUAAUUAACACAAAGGCGCCAGCAAUAUGUUGAAGCAUCGUGGACAGUAGUGUAUAUCACUAGUCGUGGAUUUCAGUUUGUGCCAUCUUUUAAGCUUAUCAGAGUAAGAAUGCAUUUUGGUUCUCCAAAAAGUUUCAUUUGAAAUCUGUGUAUAUUUUACAACCUUCCUUUCUCGGCACUUUCGGCCGCGUUUUUGAAUUGUGUGAAUGAUACCAAAAUUGCGUGCUAUAAUUUGUAGAAACUCAAAUGGUGGCCCAGGGGUGCUGUAAACUGAUAUGUUCUGAAUAAGAUGCUACUGCUUUGAUUUGCAGGCUGACUGCAUACUAAAUUACUUUAGUAACAUGUGAAAGAAGUGUAUUUGAAUCAUUGCAAGAGUUUGUUCAAUCAAACUAGCAUUCAAAUAAUUAAUUGUAUUUUUACAUUUUGAUAUUUCUUGUGUUAAGUGAUUGUUAAUCUUUAUACUAGCAUUUUAUACACCAAAUAUUAUUUAUACUAUAUGCGUAUUUUUAUGUAUAUUUAUGUCUUGAUUUGUUGUAUGAUGUACAUUGAGUCUAAUUGAUAAGGUAGCUUUGUUUAUCAGCAAAAUUGAGCCUCUGAAAUAUGCCUAUUUUUAUUAUAUUGAUCUCACAACCAAAACCAGGAGCUCCCCUUUGAACAAUAAAAUAUAAAGCAAUUUACAUAGUUAGUUUUUCUACCAAAUUUAGUUUUUUACAUCAAAGAUCAAGUGUGAAUUUUGCAUCUCUUUUUGAAGUAUUUUUUUAGGAUUUAUUUUGCUGACUUUAUCUCAAAAAAAUGUAACCAAAGUUCUUAUAUUCGUCAAUAAAGCAUACCAGUUAAACAGA